AUGAGCUGCUCGGACGUGGCCAUGCAGCAGCCCGCCCCGGCGGCGUGCGGAGCGCCCUGUUACCUGGCCGCGCCCGCGGCGGGCUGCGCGCAGAAGAAGUUAGCUGUGUACAACAAGAUGCAGGAGUCUCUGGAAGUGACCCUUCCCAGCAAGCAAGAGGAGGAUGAGAAAGACCAGCCUGCCGAGAUGGAGUACCUGAACUCUCGCUGUGUCUUGUUCACUUACUUCCAGGGAGACAUUGGUUCAGUGGUGGAUGAGCACUUCUCCAGAGCUUUGAGCCAAGCCAGUAGCUUCAGUUCAGAGACUGCCCUUUCCAAGAGCAAGGCAGGGCUGAAUCCUCUGUGGAGAGAAAGCUCAACGAUUUCAAGCCAGAGGAGCAGCUUCCCAACCUCAUUUUGGACCAGCUCUUACCAGCAUCCUCCUCCUCCUCCGCCCUGCUUAAGUGGAGUGCACCCCGAUUUCCCUGUGACUGCACCAGGCACCUUCCCAACACCAGAUCCCAGCAGCUGGCCGGGACACGGCCUUCACCAGACUGCCCCACCACCUCCCCCCGCCUCCUCCGAGUCCUGGCAUUACCCUUUGGCAGCGUCUCAGGUGAGCCCCCCGUACGCCCACGUGCACGACGUGUACGUGCACCGCCACCACCCCGGCGCGCACCGCGACCCCCGCUACGGCUCCCUGCUGCUGCCCUCGGUCCGUGCCGCCAGGAUUCCCGCUCCCCAGUGCGACGGGACCAAGGCGGACCCCGCCGCCGUCACCAGCGCUACCUCAGCCUGGGCUGGAGCCUUCCACGGAACCGUGGACAUCGUGCCGAGUUUUGGGUUUGAUACAGGUCUACAGCAUCAGGACAAGAACAAGGAAACUGCUUGGUUCUGAAGUACAGAGGAAUUGAGACCAGCUAGAGCUGGAGUCGGCAGAGCUGGGCGGGUGAUGCAGCAGUGGUUGACUCCUUCUGCGUGGAGCAAAGGACACACAUGAAGAUGAAGGGCCA